AUUACUCUAAAGAGUCGAAAGACUACUGUGUAUAACAGUCAUGUGACAAGAUUUCGCUGAGAGAUUUAAGACAAUUGGCUUUGUUGAUUAAUUAAGAUAUUUAUUUUCUCUGGUAUAAUAAUUAUAUUAAAGACAUGUCAACAGAAUAUCUCUGCGAUUCAGUGGACGAUUCUCCUAGUACUGAAUCAGUAACAGUAAAAUGUCCAAGCUGUAGAGGAAGCGGACGUAUUCCAAAAGAAUACGAAUCUCAACUUGUAGCGAUUAUCCCGGUAAGAGACAAACGUCUGAAGCCAAGAAGGACGUGGCUAUGGAUCGUCCUGACUUUGGCCAUUUGUAUUAUACUUGCCAGUUUAUUGGGCUUCUUCUUGGCUCCGAGGAGCGUCAAAUUAAGUUUGAGAAGUAACCAUUUAAAUGGAACAAAAAUAUAUGACAAUAAUGCAUCCGAUUUUACGCAGUCUGAUGUUAAAGUAAUCUCAAUUCUAUCCUAUAAAAUAACGAAUACAAAUUUCUAUCCAAUCUACAUUUCAAAACUUCAAAUGACAAUUUCAACACUUGGAGAUUUCGAUUCACCUGUACAAGCAGGUCGUAUAAUUGAUAAUAGUAAGUUUGAAAUAGCCUUGAAAUCUGAAGCUAAUCAUAAUAUUAACGCAACAAUGGAAUUACGAAGUGUCAUGGGGCAAGUAUAG